AUGGUGAUUAAAUUAGUGGGGGGUUUUGCAGGAAUAACGGCUGCGAAAGUACUGGCGGAGAAUGGAGUGGAGGACGUGGUGAUACUGGAGGCGGCGGACACGAUUGGCGGCCGGAUAAGGAAGGAGAAGUUCGGCGGCGUCACGGUGGAGCUCGGCGCCGGGUGGAUCGCCGGCGUCGGCGGAAAACAGUCGAACCCGGUCUGGGAGCUGGCCCGCCGGUCCAAUCUCCGCACUUGUUUCUCUGACUACAGUAACGCCCGUUACAACAUUUACGAUCACAGUGGGAAGAUAUUUCCGAGCGGUGUAGCGGCGCAGUCCUACCAGAAGGCGGUGGAGUCUGCCAUACAGAAGCUACGCCACCUGGAAUCCAAUCCACACAUUCAACCAAAUUUAAUUCCAAACGAUAUGGCUCCAGAAUUUCUGGUAGCUGAUGAAAGAGGGUACGAACAUUUGUUGUACAAAAUGGCGGAGACUUUUCUUACCACGUGCCACGGUCAAAUAACGGACACGCGGUUAAAACUCAACCAGGUGGUUCGGGAAUUGCAGCACUCGAGAAACGGCGUAACUCUGAAAACGGAGGAUGGGUCCGUUUACGAGGCCAAUUACGUCAUUUUGUCCGUUAGCAUUGGCGUCCUUCAGAGCCACCUCAUUUCCUUCUCACCCCCUUUGCCCAGAUGGAAAACGGAAGCUAUUUCAAAUUGUGAGAUUAUGGUGUACACAAAGGUUUUCCUCAAGUUCCCGCGUAAAUUUUGGCCAUGUGGUCCUGGCAAAGAGUUUUUCAUCUACGCACAUGAGCGUAGAGGCUACUACACCUUUUGGCAGCACAUGGAGAAUGCGUAUCCGGGCUCAAACAUCCUAGUUGUCACCCUAACAAACGGCGAGUCGAAAAGAAUAGAGGCGCAAGCGGAUGAAGAAACUAUGAAAGAGGCAAUGGAGGUUUUAAAAAACAUGUUUGGGCAUGAUAUACCAUGUGCCACAGACAUCCUCGUACCUCGUUGGUGGAAUAACAGAUUCCAGCGUGGCAGUUACAGUAAUUACCCGAUUUACGUCAACCGUCAACUUGUCGAUGACAUUAAGGCGCCAGUUGGACGAAUAUUCUUCACGGGCGAACAUACGAGCGAGAAAUUUAGGAUUGAUACAAGCAAAGCCUUAAUUGAAGAAAUGAGAGCAGAAAAGGAAAGGAGAAGAGAAAGUCAAGCAUUGUUAAUGGAACCUCUGUUGGCCUUAUCCUUACCACCCUUGGCUGCUCAACCAAAUAUCCCCCAGUUCGAUACGCCAAGACAGCUUUUCCUUCACACCAAUCUCAUAAACGAACCAAACAAAUCUUGAGGAUUAUUAUGUAAAUUUGUUGACAAUCAUGACUUUGACAUGGUGAAUUGAACAACAAGAUGGAUGGGUGAUGUAAAUUAGAGGAGGUAAAUAACAUUGGAUGGGGAAUGGCUUCUGAUUAUAUUCAUUCUCUUGAGCUGGAUAGCAUAACACUGAAAAGUGGAGACUGUGAAUGACUUAGGUUGCUGGC